AUGAAGCGAGGGAAACUCGACUCGCUGCUGUCACUGAGUCGACUCCGGCUGAUUCAGUUCUUGAUGGGUGUUCUCUUCUUCUACCUCCUCUUCAUUACUUUUGAAAUCCCUUUAGUAAUCAGAACUGGCUUCGGCUCUAUUUCUGGUGACGGUUCCGUCGGAUUCCUCACUGACGCAUUGCCUAGGCCUCUGGCUCUCGAGACCGAACAGUACUUUUCCGCCAAAGAAGCCCCGACUCGACCUUUGAAAGACCCCUCCCCCAGUGCCGCCGAGAUGUCAUCCUUUCCCACACGGUCGAGGACGCCGGAGAGGAGAAUGGGGGAGUUCAGGAAAGUUUCUGGUCUUUUCUUCAACGAGAGCAAAUUCGAUGGUACUGGCAACCCUGACCAGUUCCCCGUGCUCCUCAAGGCCGUUAAGCACGCCUUUUCUGUGGGCAAAAAAAUUUGGGAUGAACUUGAAUCGGGGAAGGCGAAGCCCGACAUAGAGAAGCUGAAGCAAAAUCAAUCAGAAUCAUGCCCUCAUUCUAUUUCCAUAUCGGGGUCGGAAUUCUUGAACCGGAGCCGAAUCGUAGUGAUUCCUUGUGGGUUAACACUCGGGUCGCACAUUACAGUUGUGGGUAUGCCGCGCUGGGCUCACGCGGAGCAUGAUCCGAAGAUAUCGGUGCUGAAGGAAGGGGACGACUCGGUGAUGGUGUCGCAGUUUAUGAUGGAGUUGCAGGGGCUGAAAACUGUAGACGGUGAGGACCCGCCGCGGAUAUUGCAUUUCAAUCCAAGGCUGAAAGGCGACUGGAGCGGAAAGCCAGUGAUCGAGCAGAAUACUUGCUAUAGGAUGCAAUGGGGUUCGGCGCUUAGAUGCGAGGGAUGGAAAUCCAGAGCUGAUGAGGAGACUGUUGAUGGACAGGUAAAAUGUGAGAAAUGGAUUCGUGAUGAUGAUAAUCAUUCUGAAGAAUCAAAAUCCUCAUGGUGGUUAAACAGACUAAUAGGCCGAACAAAGAAAGUUACGGUUGAUUGGCCUUACCCUUUUUCAGAAGGCAAGCUGUUUGUUCUUACCUUAAGGGCAGGCUUGGAAGGUUACCACAUUAAUGUUGACGGCAGACAUAUUACUUCAUUCCCUUAUCGCACUGGAUUUGUCCUUGAGGAUGCCACUGGAUUAUCUUUAAAUGGGGACAUAGAUGUGCACUCUGUAUUUGCUGCAUCCUUGCCUUCUACGCAUCCAAGUUUUGCUCCACAGAAGCAUCUUGAGAUGUUAAACAUUUGGAGAGCACCACCUCUUCCCAAUGGACCUGUGGAACUUUUUAUAGGCAUCCUUUCUGCUGGCAAUCAUUUUGCUGAGCGGAUGGCUGUCAGGAAAUCUUGGAUGCAGCAUGAGUUAAUACAAAAUUCGAACGUUGUGGCUCGGUUUUUUGUAGCCCUGCAUGGAAGAAAAGAAGUCAACUUGGAGCUAAAGAAAGAAGCAGAGUAUUUUGGUGAUGUUGUUAUAGUUCCUUACAUGGAUAACUAUGACCUUGUUGUGCUGAAGACUGUCGCAAUAUGUGAAUAUGGGGUUCGUACUGUAGCUGCAAAGUACAUCAUGAAAUGUGAUGAUGAUACAUUUGUUAGGCUGGAUGCUGUUAUCAAGGAAGCAAAGAAAGUCCAUGCCGAUAGAAGUCUAUAUAUUGGGAACAUGAACUACUAUCACAAACCUCUUCGUCAUGGUAAAUGGGCUGUGACAUAUGAGGAAUGGCCAGAGGAAGAUUAUCCUCCCUAUGCUAAUGGUCCGGGAUACAUAGUAUCAUCUGACAUUGCAGAGUUCAUUGUUGAUGAGUUUGAAGAAAAUAAAUUGAGGUUAUUCAAGAUGGAGGAUGUGAGCAUGGGAAUGUGGGUGGAAAAGUUCAACAGUUCAAAACCAGUGGAGUACAUUCAUAGUUUGAAGUUUUGUCAGUUUGGUUGCAUUGAGGAUUAUUAUACUGCUCAUUACCAAUCUCCAAGACAGAUGAUAUGCAUGUGGGAUAAAUUGCAACAUCACGAAAAGCCCCAGUGCUGCAAUAUGAGAUGAUCGUGGCACAUUAAUGCGGAUAGUGUUAAUCUCAGCAUGUGGUAAAUUUGAGAAAGGAGACAUAGAAAGAAGUUUUGCAGUUAUAAUUAUUUCUGUAAAUAUCCAAUGGGUUUUUUAGUUUUAUAUAUAUAUAUAGGGGCUUUUCAUGAUCCCCCUUCCAAAUUCAUUCAUUAAUUUAGCCCUUUUUCCCCCUUUAGCCUCUCCAUUUCUCUUUGAAAUGGCUUCAGGAUGUCUAAUAUCUAGUUUGAUCCGUAGCCUGUAAUUGAAAAACAGCUUGACCAGAAUGCAACAAAUACUUUUGUUUAAGGGCA